AUGCUCGAUUGCCUGUCCAUCUUCACCGAAUCACCGUCUCCGGUCGUCUUCCUCGUUUCCGUCUGCCGACUGCCGACUGCCGACCUGCUUUCCCGGUUAAUUAAAACCCCAUUUCCCUCUCUGAAGUUUCAAUCGUCUCAAUCUUUAUCGAUUUCUGGUACAACUGAAACGUUGAAGAGGAAGGUUGGAGGAGAUGAGGCUAGGAGAUUCCUUGAGAAAAUCGCCAAACAGGUCCAACCCAUCAUGCACAAGCAUAAAUGGAGGGUUAAGGUUCUAUCCGAGAUGUGUCCUAAAAACCCACGACUUCUGGGUUUGAACGUGGGACAUGGUCUUCAUGUGAAGCUGAGACUUCGAAAGCCAAACACUGAUUGGGAUUUUUACCCUUUUGAUCAUGUUCUUGAUACAAUGCUACAUGAGCUGUGUCAUAAUGCCAUUGGCCCUCAUAAUGCCGGGUUCUACAAACUCUGGGACGAGCUUAGAAAGGAAUGUGAGGAGCUGAUGAGUAAGGGAAUAUCAGGUUCUGGAGAUGGGUUUGAUCUUCCAGAAAACAGAGCUCGCCAGGGACCAUCAGAAAGGAGAUUGCAAGAUGAUAUAUGGUGUGGUCUAGAGGAAGUAAUUGAGGAGGAAGAAAGUAGAGCACAGAUGCAGCAGAAUGUAACCUCUUCUUCUAGUGCCAAGACUCAUCAGAAAAGAAGUCCUCAUUCAGAAUCAUCCUUUGUUGAUUUGACAUCAUCACCUAAAAGUAAUAAACGAAGUCGCCAUGAAUAUGAUGAUCUUGAGAAAACUUGUAUUGAUUUAACAAGCAGUGAUAUCCAUGAGUCGUCCUCUGGGUGGGAGUGCAUGAUGUGCACAUUGCUGAAUCCGGUUUUGGCUCCAGUGUGUGAGCUCUGUGGAACCCACAAACCAAAAUCUGUUGAAGACAAGUAUAAGACAUGGUCAUGUAAAUUUUGUACACUGGAAAACAAUGUGACGCUGGAGAAAUGUGGGGCAUGUGGGCAGUGGAGAUAUUCUUAUGGCCAACCAAUAGCAACCCCGUCACCAAAUGUGGAGAACAGGCAUCCAUCUCUUGAUGCUAAUUUCAUUUUGAUAUUUAGUAUUUUAUCUUUUGGGUUGUUGAUGUUGACUGUUGACUGUUGUAUUCUCGUAUGUUUAAGCUCAGGUCUCAAAUUAAAUUGUGGCACACUUACAGACACUCUCAUUCAUGAAUUCUUUGGUGUAAUGUAUGUCUGCCUGGUUCUUCAUCUCAUGACUCAUGAGAAUUAG